GAAGCUCGCCAUCUUUGAAGACUAGUCGGAGGCAUUUUGUUUUUCUUUGUUCAUACUUUUAACAAAACCGAUAAACAUACUCGUUCGAAUCUCUUGUAAAAGCCAGAUGCGCCAAUCGAAACGGAUGCGCUCCCCAUGUAUCUGGCUCGAUGAGUACAGCUGGGAAGAGAGAAUGGAGUGUCGUAAGAGAAAGAAACAAGACUCACACAGCAGCGAAAGAGAGAAUAAGUCCAGAAGAACUCACCUCCACCACAAGUUGUGUGAUGGGCACUAUUUGGAGACCCGCAGUUUGAACCAGGGGCUGGACUCUCGGGGCGGAACCACCCAGGACCAUAGUCUGGGCAUGGCCUGUGAGGAAGUCAGCCGCGAAGGCACCGGCAAGGACAGAGACCGUGACUGGCACCACUACAGCAAGUCCUCUGGGCUCAGCGGUCGUAGCAGGCGAAGCAGCCGCAGGCAGAGAGACAGAAGGCGCAGACGCAGCCACUCUCGCCACCGGUCCUCCUCGAGGAGGAGCCAACAGCGCAGGAGCAGGAAAAGAUCCAGGAGUGUUGAGGAUGAUGGCGAGGGUCACCUCAUCUAUCACAGUGGAGACAUGCUGAGAGCGAGAUAUGAGAUUGUGUGUACUCUAGGAGAAGGUGCCUUUGGGAAGGUAGUCGAAUGCAUUGAUCACUCUAAUGAUGGAGCUCGAGUGGCUCUGAAGAUCAUUAAAAACAUAGACCGCUACCGUGAGGCGGCUAUGUCUGAGGUAGAGGUGCUUGAACAGUUGAAGUCCCUCGACUCUGAUAAGCGAUAUGCUUGUGUACACAUACUGGACUGGUUUGACUACCACGGCCACGUCUGUAUUGCCUUUGAACUGCUCGGCCUCAGCACCUAUGACUUCCUCAAGGAAAACAAUUUCCAGCCAUUCCCCAUCGAACACAUCAAGCACAUGGCGUACCAGAUCAUCCGGGCUGUGCGAUUUCUGCAUAGCAACAAGCUGACUCACACAGACCUGAAGCCUGAGAAUAUUCUCUUCAUUGAUUCAGAGUAUCAUAUGGAGUACAACCCUGUAAUGAAACGGGACGAGCGGACGUUGAAGAACCCGGAUGUGAAAAUUGUGGAUUUUGGAAACGCCACAUAUGAACAAGAGCACCACACCUCUGUGGUGUCGACCCGUCACUACCGCGCUCCCGAAGUCAUCUUAGAUCUGGGCUGGGGCCAUUCCUGUGAUGUCUGGAGUGUAGGCUGCAUACUCAUCGAGUACUACCUUGGAUCUACUCUCUUCCAGACUCAUGACAGCAAAGAGCACCUUGCUAUGAUGGAGAGAGUCCUGGGCCCCAUCCCCUCAAACCUGCUGCAGAAAACUAAAAAAAGGCGGUUUGUUCACCGGUCCAAGCUCGACUGGGAUCUUCACAGCUCUUCUGGGAGAUAUGUCAAGAAACACUGCAAACCCCUCAAGCAUUACAUGCAGUCUAAGGGCGAAGACCACCACCAGCUGUUUGACCUGAUAGAGAAGAUGAUGGAGUACGAUCCAGCGAAGCGCCUCAGUCUGGAGCAGGCCCUCCAUCAUCCCUUCUUCUCCUGCUACCGCAAGAGCACCACCAGAAGCACCCGAAGCAGCAGAAGCAGCAGCAAAAAAGACUGAACCUGUGACCCUGGUCAGAGCCUGACUGUCACUAUGAUGUCUUCAUGGUGCAGUGCAGCCUCUGCUUCCUGACUCUCCAGGAGAGGAGAACCUUAACUGACUGUAUCAGUCCACUGCCCUGCUUCGCUGUGUCUUAAGCCGGUGUGUUUCCUCUUAGUCUUUCACUCAUCAACACGUUAUGUUGUUAUCUGUGGCAUUUAUGUUUGAUGUAAUGAAUCCUCCAAAUUAUUUCUAUUUAUUUGCCAUUUUAAUUUAAUUUGUAUCACUUAAGCAUUUACUUAUUUUUUUUUUCUUUUCUUCAUGAAUUGUCCAAUUGUGUCCAUGGUCUUUCUCUGCAUUGUCACAGUGGUGAAGGGGAAUGUUUUUGCCUCAUCAGUCUGGCCAGUAAUAAUUUAUUCAGCAUUGAAGAGAGAGAAAGCUAUAGCAGGCAGAAAAUCCUUGUACAUAAAAUGUGUUCAGAUGUUUCCUUUUUCACUGAGUGGUUGUGUAACUUUUGCAGUAUAAUGUACAUUUUUCUCAAUAAACGUGAAUAGACGACA